UUUUACUUCAUCCAGACGCUACGUUAAUUCAAACGUGCAGACGAGCUCUACGAACGCGACUAAUUGAGCGAAAAAACGCCACCAGCGGACAUUUUUAGUCGGUGCAACGCGAAUUAAAACGACAAAUCAGGUUCUCGCGAGUAUCGCGCAUUUCAAAAUUUUCGUACAGCAGACGAUAAUCAGCGACAGCCAGAAACCGCCAGAUCGCCAUUUCUGGUCGUCGCGUCGCAACAUCGGCGGGACAUUUGCUGCGAGUUAUUUCUGAGAAAGGAUAUCACUUUGCUCUUAUUUUCGAGCUUAAAGACAAAGGCCUCGACGAGCGCAGUUUAUUUACCUACAUCUCUUUCCAUAAGUGUAGCACGUUCACUCUAAAAGGGUGCACCGAACGUGCGAACGCAGUGGCCCGAUAUGAGAGGAGACGGUGACACCGGACAAGCGACGCCGCAGAGAGGUUCGACGCUCGGGAUUCUCCCGCCAGUACCUGGAGCCCCGGUGAAGAAAGGGAACCGCCGCCUAUCCACCAAAGGGACGCUGAAGCCUAAGAGGCUUGUCUACAAUGGUGUGUCUCAAACAGAGGAAGGCACCCAAGACACAAGCGAAUGCCUUGACUCCAGCCAAGAGAUGCAAGAGCUACUUGAAGCUAGGAUCAACACUGUUGAGGGAACCUGGGUGCAAUGCGAUAACCCGGAGUGCAACAAGUGGCGGUACCUUGCCAAUGUCAUCGACCCCAGUGAGCUACCUCAGAAGUGGUUUUGCUCCAUGAACAGUGAUCCGAAACACAACACCUGUGAAGCGGAGGAAGAUGAUCAGCCCGAUGAUGACUUGCUGGAAGCAAAGUACUUUGUUGGUUCAAUAGUCUGGGCCAGAGUGAACACAUAUCCAUGGUGGCCUGCCAUGAUUGAUGAUGAUCCAGACUUGGGUGUCUACGAAUGGAGGGAAGGUAAACAUAACUUGCCGACAAGUUACCAUGUGACAUUUCUGGACCAAAAGGUGACACGGGCAUGGGUUCAGGAUAGGUUUUGCAUAUCUUUUCGACAGGCGCAAAAUCAUGAUGGGCCUGCAGGGAACAAGGUUCCUGGCUACUACAGAAAGAUGUUCGAUGCAGCAGUGGCGACCGCUGAAAAAGCGCUGAAGAUGCCCGUGGCGGAACGCAUCAAGAGCUACUGCUUCUUGAAUAGGUACCGAGGCACGCAGAAGAGCUCAGUCCAAGCUCCCAAAGAGAAGCGUCCUCGCGGGAGACCACGCAAAACUCCUGCACCUGAUACCCAGCCUGAAAAAGAUGCAACGGCUGCAAAGUCAACACAAGAGAAGCGUCCUUGUGGGAGACUGCGCAAAAUCCCUGCACCUGAUGCACAGAUUGGCAAAGAUGCAAAGGCUGCAAAGCCAAGACAAGGAGUGAAACGCCCAAGGGCACAGUUGUGCACUAAUCUUCAAGAAGCAAGCAACCAAGCUGAAGAACCGCCUCCGAAGCAGUCUAAGGAAACCACCGAACAAGGAGAGGUGACUCCACAUGGUAGACCACGCGAAGUGAAUGCACCGCCCACACCACCCAGCAAAGAAGCAGUCACCUCACAAGUGAACCAAGACGUGAAAUGCCCGAGAGGAAGGCCACGCAAAAUCCUUCCCGGUGAAAGCGAAAAGUCUGCGCAUCCAGGCCCAAAGAAGCCAAAGCUAAAGGCAUGCUCAAAACAAGUCCUGGAACUCGAGCGUGACAAGAUGGAGCCCGGUGAUUACAAGAAAGCCUGUGCAAACCUGGCAGCAUCCGCAAAGUGUACUUUAAAGCAACCAGCAAAAGGCAAGCUGUCUGCAAUUCUAUCCAAGAAAACAAUUGAAGAAACCAAACAAGGGCAAACUUGCAAAAAGGGAUCUAAUACAAACCAGAGUAUCAAGACUGCUUCCUCAAUUCUGACAGCGGCGACAGCUUUGGGCAAGACCAAAGACAAAGUACACAAUACUGGCAUGACAGCGUCACAGGGGAACGCAGAACACAAAACCCAAAGCGAAGGUGCUGGAGCUGUCUCUGAGCAAUCUCUUUUCACAUCCCCAACCGAUCAUGAAAGCCCCGAUUCAAUGGCAGCUAUGGCAUACCCACAGCCCACCAAGAAACCAGGAUGUGCAAUCAAGAAGUUCGCCGUCCCAAAUCCUGUUGAGAAGAAAGAUAAGGACUCCGCAGUUUGUGCAGGAGUGCCUCCAGACAGUGUGACAGAGAGUGACAGUGUGAAGCUACGAAUAGACACCGAGCUUACUCAUGCUCCCCCAGAUAACGCCACCGUGCAAGCCGAACCUGACAGUGACAAGUCGCCUACCAGAACCAAAGCUGACUGUGCCAAGCCGCUCAUGCCUCGACGAGAUUCGACAGAGGCAGAAUUUGUCCUCUCUAUUCCAUCGUUCGACAGCGCAGAGGCUCAGCCCGAGUGCUAUGAUGUCAAUUCUCUGAUUGAAUUCCUUGACGAUGACAAGGCGGUUGGCUACAAGCCAAUGCUUGGCUCUCUGAACAAGGCUGGUAAGAAUACCGACGCGAGUAAGCCAAAUCAAUUGCUGCUACCAUUUGAUCCUAUGGAUAUAGAGCCUCCAAUGGAUACACUCCCAAUUGAAGAGCCCAUGAAUGCCUCUAGGUGCAACUCAAGUGAUACAAGUCAGCCAUGGCAGCCACAACCUGUGGCAUUGAGGACCGCACCCAAGGUGGCCCUUACUGAACAGCCAAUGCAGAGGGCCAGCAGUGAGACAGAAGUGCAAGCGGUGGUUCGGUCAGAAACAGGACCCCAGUCAAACCACCGAGUUGAAGAGCCAGAUGAGGUUUCAGCCGGGGCAGCAAGAGCCAGAGGUGUCAAGACUGCCUUGAAGGCCAGGACUCCAGCUGACAAGCAAUCCGCUAUCAGCAGGGUCAAGCCCAUCCGUUUGAGCAAUAAUGAGGACACUGCAGCUGCGGUCUGGAACGAGAGCAGCAGCAGCAUUCCUGAAACCAGCACAAGCGAACAAGAGGUUGACAAAGUGAAGGAAGCGGCUGUAACCGAAGACAAAGAGAACCACGCGUCACCAUCUGCCGUUGCCCAAAACACAGUUCCAGCAAAGAAAGGGAAGGCAAUAUCCAAGCCAAACCGUGCACUGCAUGAGAUGGUGCCGCCAAAAGCACCCCUUGCGAAAAAAUCUGGUUUCAAGGUCCCAACGAAAGAAGCAACCUCGAAAGCAGAAGCAAAGAUUUUGCAAUCUGCUGCACUAGUGAAUGGAGGUCUGCCAAGGGCAAGCACCAGCAAAGUGGCCAAGGCGAAGCUGCAAGCUUCCCUGGCAAACCUGAACGGAGCUAACUCGAAAGCUAGUUCCAGCAAAGCAACUGAGGCAAAGCCACAAGCCGUGACAGCAGAUGUGAGUGCGACUCACUCCGACGCUGGUAGCAGCGAAGCCGCUGAGGUUAACCUGCAACCUGCCCUAUCACACACCAACGGAGUGCAGUCAAGGGCAAGCACCAGCACGUUGUCAGCUGACACACACACACCAGCUGCACUGGUGAACACAGAUGAAGCCCAGCCGAAGUUGACCACCGGCUGCAUGGCGGACUCGGAAGACAGUGACUUUGAGUCACUCUCAAACACGCAGGAUCUCACGUUUGAGGACACGCUGUCUUCAAUUUCCCAGAGCUUAGAGAUGAGCCAGGAAGAGGAUUCAGACUUUGCUAGCUUGGAAGGCAUAGACGGCUCACAGUCGUUUGACAUGGAAGAGUAGAACAGUGCAACUUUUGUUGUUUGUUGCUUCACGCUUUUUUCCUCCAGAGUAAUGCGUUGUUAUGCUGUCUGGAGCCAAGUCGUAUCCAACUGACUGCUGUUUAAAGAGAUGCCCACCCCGACGGACAAUCUGUCAAGUUGAUCUGACAAUGGCGACAGCAGCACCAGAAAUUUUUGUGCGCAUUCUAUGCCGAUUACCCUGGGCCAACUGUGACUGAAGUUAGCCUCACGACUAAAGGUCAUUCACAGCACACAGCCAAGCACAUGAAAAGUCUUACACAUUUAUCUCUUGAAAAUAACUUUUUUAUUGUUUUUCAUAGUUAAUGUUUCUUUCCUUGGAUUUUUUCAUUGCCUGGAGCCAAGCUGUGCUCUGUUUUCAGCUAGUCAGGACACGCACAGAAAUGCCGCUGCCAAGUUAACGUCUGACAAAGUCACAGUCAACAAAUUUAUUGCCUGCAUGACCAACACCUCUCUAAGCCUGCCCCAGUCAUGUUCUGGUCCAAGCCCAUUCAAGUCUGGUAUUCUUGCAUCACUGUCAUCUGUAGAAGAAUUGGCAAGACUUGCAAAGAUCUGGACUUUCAGCAGAAGACAUCAGAAGACAGCAGUUUAGAAUAUAUCUUGUUACAAGCAGUUAUACUCAAGAGAACCUGCAUUUUGUUUAAGCAUUAUACUGUUAUUCAAAAUUGUAUUGAAAUAAAGCAAAGGCAUUGUUGGA